AGUUGCCAAUCCUGUCCUCUUUCACUCCGCACACAGGAGAAGCGUGCUGGGAUUCGCUAUCGCUGCAGUCUUUUCAUGCGAAGAGUGUUUUCCUCAACUACUUAGUUACGUAGUCUUGCACGACUAGUAGAAUACGAUAGCCAUCGACGAGCUGCCGUGCCUGCGGACCUAGAAGUGGAGUGUAAACGAUAAGAAACCGCCUUUGCUGUUCUUCUCACCGUAUUAAUUCCUCUUGGGUCAUUCUGCGAGAAAAGAUGCAUUGCUUUCGGUUUUUGCUGCGGCUAAUGGGCGGCCACGCCCAAGGCGGGAAUCAGCUUCCGAGCUCCGCCAGCGGGACCGAGCUCGCGGGAGGAGCAAGUCUAGUUCCAGCCAGAGCAGCUCUCGCGGCUGCAGUUUCAUCGUCUAGCGGGGGAUCGCAUCAAACGACUAGUGUAGAACUGUCUCCUGGUCGAGCAGGCGGGGGAACAGGUGUGCAAUAUCUUGCCCAAGGAGGAGCCGACCAGGAGCCGCGAAGCGUUGUCUGGCCUCACGGAGUCGGAGGGCAGUUUAUGCAUGCAGCCCUGUCUGACGCCGAUCAAGAUCAACGCACGGACGUAGCAGCGCAUGCGGCACAGAGCGGCUCUUCGAAUAUUCCUGGACGUCAAGAAAACGGCAGGCAAAGCAGCUACUCGUUUGACGCAGCAGCCUUGGUAGCCGCAGGUGCUGCAGCGGUUGCUGCAUCGGCGAGCGGUUCACAGCUGCCUCCUGCGGGAUUCCUCGCCACUGCAGCUGCAGCCCGACGCGGAACUAUCAGCCCACCGACCCCGACACCUUCAUUUUCCCCCGUUUCCAUUAUGAUAGCGUUUUUUACGCGCCUUUUACUUUUUUUCGUCGCCGUCGUUGUUGUUGUUCUUUGCAUGCUCCGUUACCUUCAGCUUCAACAACACACCUAGAAGAUCUGGAUGAUGAUGUCACGUCACGCAAAUGAGAGGGUUCGGAACUGGUUCUAACCCUUGCCCAAAGAAUCGGGGAAGACCAGCGUCUGGAAGCGCUGGGUCCGAGAGAGAAAUGGCGUCAUACAACGUUCCCGAAGGUUUCAAUAUCGCGGAUCUAAACGGUAAAUGGACGUGCGCUUCCAGAAUUUUAUGAGACGCGUCUUCGCCUCUGCCUCAGUUUAGUAAUUGCUCACUUAGUGGUAGAAAGAAGAACGGGAUUUGAUAUUAAUUCUCAAGACAUAUGUUCUCAUUCAUUUUCCACGACAUCGUUUCGCAUAUUUUCAUAGCAAGCCUCUGCUAGUUACACUAACUCGUCUAUACAGAUACUAAUUUUCCGCUUCUGCUCACUUUUUUGCUGGUUCUGUCCUUCAACUUGAAGAAAGAUGUUUGACCCCGACAGUGCCAUUUUCAUUUCCGAACUACGCAAGCUUGUUAGAAUUGAAUAACGUACCAGAAGCAUUCUGGGAACGUGUGGUGAAAGCGGAUGAAAUCUGGAUCUUUGAGUUCUACACGAGCGGCGCCUUCCGCAUGCAACACAACAUCCCGAUGACCCACAUGGAAAAAAACUUUCGAGUAUACCUCGACGGCGAGUGGAAGAUCGAUUGCCCAUACACUUUAUGAAGACAAGAAGAUAGAUGGUUUUCUUCAAGGUCUAUCUGCUGGGUGCAUAUCCAUGUGAUGCGUCCUCGUGAGACAUAAGUGGCAUGCAUCGUGAUCUUGAUGAAACUGUGACGCCUUUUGUUAGGGUCUCAUCCGUCUCCUAUGCAAUGGUCUGUCAAGAAGUGCAACUUUUUCUAAUUACAGCACCCAGUGCUGGCGCAACUGGCCGUGCUGUCGCGUCCUCUCACAUUUCUUCUAGCGGUGCUUCGGCAGGUUCUGCGGCGGGAACGAUGCAACAGAUUGCGGACGAAGCACAACGCUCAUCAACUGAGACAGGAGCAGUUGAGCGCUCGAUAGAUGAACAAGAGCCAGAGGACGAACAGAUUUAUGAUUGAAAAUGAACAACUAAUACAAGAAUGUACGAAACCGAAAACCAUAGGUUUUGUAACUGCGAAGACGACUGCCGGAAGCAAAGAAAGGACUUGGACCUGCCAACCUAGAGCAUAAGUAAGAACCAUCUAUCGCCUAAAUGUAAUAAACGAGUACUUGAUUAACUAAGGAGGUAUCGUGCUACUAUCAGCAGGCUGUUCAACAAAAAUAACCCUUCCAUUGAUUUUAUCUCUACAACUAUCGACCUCCAGCGAUUAUCCAAGUUCUAUGUCUUCAUAAUGCGGGUGAGGACCCCGACGUGCAUGAGCCAACUGCACAUCAGGCUAUCGUGGUGGGACAUGUGACGGGCACGACAACGAGAGAUGGACUUGACGGGAGGGCUGUCGCCGUGGCGCCUUCUCCUGCGGCGAGAAAUGCCGCCACAACAACUCGUUGCAACGUCGCUGCAGGACCCAUCCAACUGAACAACCAGCCCAAUCUUACACAGACGCUGGAGCACCAUCCUAGUGGCAGUACAACAGAUCAUAGAGAUAGAGAAGCAAGCAGUCCGCCUUUUUCUUCAAGCCAUGAACCCCAAUCCACUUCUCUUCCUGCUUCUCCGGGUUUCGACCGACUAUCGUCUGACGAUCGCCGUGUUGGAGCAUGGCGAAACUUUUGGGACCCUAUUCCAAGUACUGAAUUGCUACAUGAUCCAUAGAAAAAAAUUCUGUUGAUCCUUACGGGUUACGAUACUGUAAAUAUUGGUUACAAAAAUAAUUUUCUCUACGACAAUGUCGAUGGUGGAUGAUAAAUUUUUGCCUUUAAAAAAACACAACAUUCCACCUAGCACAGCAUUGACAUUGAGAUAUACGAGUACAAAUUGAAGGACAAGAAGACGCGCAUCCGCUAACGGUGUUUCUGAUUUAGUAUUUUUCGACAUCUUCAAUAUCAAAAACUUACAAAAUCAUAUACCUUUUCCGGAAUAGCAGGCCGGCGUGACCUUAAGUAGAUCUACUGCCUGAAACAGGCAACUUGUUCAUAUACAUCCACUGCCUGAAGCAGUCAGCUUGUUCAUACAUUCUAAGGACAGGGUUAGUAAAGCUUCACUUUGUAUCUUAUCUUCAGCUGACGACUGGCCGCAUGAUGAAGAUUGGCCGGCGCCGACCGACGUUUCGUGGAGGACGGAAGUUCAGCAGAGAAACGGCGAAAUGAUGCGCAUCUGGAGAGCUCUACUUGAAGACGGCUCUAUGGCGAUGAAAGUUUAUAUACUCGAACCUCCAGCAGAUUUCGAGCAUCAAAUACAAAUGCCUGUGGCGGCUUGUGCUUUAUGUUUUUGGCUUUGAUACCAGAUACAGAUAAUUUUUAUUCAUUCUGAUCGAGCCCGCUCACCCAUGAAAUUCCUUAUGGAUAUGAAUAUCCUCCUCCAUAUCCAUAUUAUCAUAUCGUGUUUCAUCCUCAUCGUCUUUACCUUUACCUAAAAUUAUGCUGCUUGUUUCAUUUUCAUCACAGUCGGAGUCUGAGCUUGACGAUAUGGAUCAUCAAGAUGGCAACCACCUGAAUCUUCUCGGCGCAACGCCACCGGCAGACUCUGAUGAUGCAGCCAAUGAGGAAGACCGUCACCUUAGCAACUUUUAUGGUCAUUUAUUGAAUAACUACUGCCUUUCAACACUUAUCGGAUUUGACUUAAUAAUUGGCACUUGACGAGGCCAUUGAAAGGUGAAACAGCACAAAUAUAGAAAGGUCAAAGAAGAUGAAGGAAAUCGAAAUUAAACAUUCCGCAGUUUCAGUUUGACCUUGAUGUUGUUCACUAGAAAGAUUAUGAUUCUUAUCAUUACGUCGAUACAGUUACUAUCUUAUACUCUAGGUGUAGGUCUACGUCUAGUGCAUUCUUCUAACAAGCGACGCGACGGGUUGCUAGUUGGAACCUGGAUGGGUUCGAGAAGGCGCCGGACGAGCAGGAAGAACGCAUCCGCGCAGGACCGAUCUGGUCCCGAUUCGUCCGCAUGGACACGCAGGCUCGGCCUUCAUGA